AUGGGUACAGAGCCCUCAGCUCCCACGGCCAUGAGCAUUGAGGAGUUUGUUUCGCAACCUGGACGGGAUAGGUUGACUCGCCUAGAUCCUCACUUGCCACCUAACACGACCUGGUUUCAAUAUUCGGGAAACGGGAUUACAAGUUCUAUCAACGCAAUGAUAAAUUCGUUGAUAACUAAACCGUAUCCCACAUACAGUUCGAUGCCGGUGGCAGACCAGGAGACCUGGUUUCGGCAAUUUGCGCAAGAAUUUAACUGGGACCCAUAG